GAGAGGCUUUGCUCUCAGGAGCUAGGAGGUGAAGCUCGGUUGCGGUCCUCAUGAGCUGAGUUAUCGCCGUAAACCUGUUGCCUGUUUGAAAGCAGACGUGCUAUCUGGCUGAUAGAAGAGGUUACCAACCCAUCUGCAGACACAAGUGGCUCAAACCAGUGAGAAAAAAACGAUAGAAGACAGGAAGUAGUCUUGGAAGUGACCCAAAACUGCAAAUACUUUAUGCCAUGGCCCCAGCGGUGUGGGCGGUGCUACGGAGUGUGACCCGGCAGGGAGCCGCUGUGCUAAAAUCAAACGGCUUCGACGGAGCUGCGCUGUUGAGGAGCAGGUGUGUCAACACCUUCACCAGAGAUACAUUCAGUCAGGUGCGACACCUGGGGUCAGCCUCCACCAUGCCUGAGAUAAACACAGACCACCUGGACGAGAAGCAGGUGCAGCUACUGUCAGAGAUGUGUAUCCUCAUCGACGAGAACGACCAGAAGAUCGGCGCUGACACCAAGAAGAACUGCCACCUCAACUCCAACAUCGAUAAAGGGUUACUGCACAGAGCUUUCAGCGUCUUCCUUUUCAACAGUGAAGAGAAGCUGCUCCUCCAGCAGAGAUCUGACGCCAAAAUCACCUUUCCAGGAUGUUUCACAAACACCUGCUGCAGUCAUCCUCUGCACACAGACAGCGAGCUGGAGGAGAAGGAUGCUCUGGGGGUGAGGAGAGCUGCUCAGAGGAGACUGGGAGCUGAGCUGGGUAUCCCUCUGGAGCAGGUAACUCCAGAAGAAAUGACAUAUCUAACAAGAAUUCACUACAAGGCCCAAUCAGAUGGUGUCUGGGGAGAACAUGAGAUAGACUACAUACUCUUUGUACAGAAGGAUGUUGAUUUGAGUCCAGAUCCCAAUGAGAUCAAGAGUCACUGCUAUGUAAGCAAAGAAGAGCUGAAAGCCAUGCUGGAGAAGGCCAAGCGCAAGGAGCUGGAGGUCACACCGUGGUUUAGCCUCAUCGCUGACACUUUCCUCUUCAAGUGGUGGGACAACAUGCACAACCUGAAGCAGUUCAUGGAUCACAACAACAUCCAUCGCAUGUAACCACAUCCAGACGAUGGUGGUUAUGUAGGGAAGCAGGGAAUGUUGUUGGACAUUGAGUCAUCUAGUUAGUGUUGAUUCACAAGACUAGAAAUGUUCAGGAAAUAACAGCUUCUUUCAGAGAAUAGCUUAUUUUUAUAUUUAAAAGACUCAGUACCUGAUUGCAGGUCAGUACACAGAGCUGAUGAUGCCCUAUAUACAAUGUUGACAUUAUUUUUUGUUGUCUUUGUACCUUCUGUAUAAUAAAGGAUUUGAUUGUGAACACUAAAAAAAAUAAAAUCAACAUAUUUGCUUGA